AUGGCUGACAGGCAAGUCAUUUCUCCAAAUUUCUUCAAUCUUCCUUGGGAAGACGUUGUUUUUCCGCAUAUAUUUCCCUGUUUCACCAUACCACAAUUAUUUCAGCUCAGAAAAGUGUGCAUAUUCUUCCGAGAGGCUUGUGAUUCGUACUUCUCUUGGCAAAGAACUCUAGAUUGUAGCCGGAUUUCAUCUCGCCUUACAUCGAAUGCUUUCAUGUUAAUGACUAAAUCAAAUUCUUGUUUACGAACGCUGGUCCUGAAGAACUGCAAAAGCUGGCUGAGCGAUGACGUCUUGGUUGAAUUAUUAAAGCGAAAUACUCGGCUAUGCGAGCUUGAUUUAACUGCUUGUUCGAGUUUGACAAAUCUAGCACUCUUCACGUUAGCGGAGUUUAACCCGGAUUUGAAAGUUUUAAAGUUACGCGAAUGUCGUUGGGUAUCAUCCGACGCCAUUACGCAGUUAUCUUUAUGCUGCAAUUCUCUUCAGAUUAUUGAUUUGACGGGCUGCUGGGACGUCGCUGAUUCAUGUGUUUCCUCCCUAGCCUCGUGCUGCAAUGGAUUGCAAACUGUGCUUCUUAAUGACUGUUAUGGUAUUAGCGAUAAUUGUGUUCGAAUCAUUGCAAACUCGUGUCCUCAGCUGAAACAUCUCGGUUUACGAGGCUGUUGGCGAGUUUCCAAUUCUGCUGUAAAACUGAUCGGAGAAUACUGCUCUUUACUCAGUGUUCUUGAAGUUAAGGAUUGUCGAGAUAUUUCUGAAGUCAGUCUGGCCCGAUUGAGGGUUCGCGGGGUGCAAAUUGAUGUCGAAAAAACCAAAUGGCAACGAAUGGCUAUUGGCGUGAAUGAAAAUCGUGAACAAAUGGAUUGGCAAUUUCCUUUAGUCAACCUUAAUAUCUAA